AUGGCUAGCAAGAAGAACGCAACGACACUAACCAUGGAGGACCGUUUAAAAGUGUUGAACGACUUAAAAACAUUUAGUGUUUCUAAUGUUGCCAGAAAAUUCAACGUUCACAAAUCAACAAUUUGUAGGAUCAAGAAUAAUGCUCCAAAAGAUAUGCAAUUUUUCGACCAAGGCAAGGUGCAACGGAAACGCCGAAAGAUACGUGCAUCGGCAUAUGACACAUUAGAGCAGAAUUUGAUGACAUGGUUCACAGAGAGGAGAACCCUUGGCGAUUUUAUAACCAAUGUUGCGUUUUUGGAGAAAGCAGUCGAACUGAAGAACAAUAUGAGAUUACCGUCAACAUUUAAAGUUAGUAAAGGCUGGUUAGCAGGCUUCAAGAAUCGUCAUAACAUACGCCUAGUUCGGGUAUAUGGAAAAAGCGCGAAUGUCGAUGAAGAUGCGGCGACAAAAUUGUUGGAAGAAGUUAAUAUAAAUACGGAUAAUGUUUACAAUAUGGACGAGACUGGACUUCUCUGGAAAGCCUUACCGCUUAAAACAUUAGCGGACAUCUUCUGUCAUAGAAAAAGGAAUAUAAAAGGCUUCAAAAGCCGUAAAGAGCGUAUUCCGAUAGCUUUAUGUGCAAAUGCAUUCGAGACGCACAAGUUAAUGCCGUUCAGAAAAAGGAAUAUAAAAGGCUUAAAAAGCCGUAAAGAGCGUAUUCUGAUAGAUUUAGGUGCAAAUGCAUUCGGGACGCACAAUGCCGUUCAUUAUCAAUAA